UCCGUAUCCCAAUACGCCUUGAUUCUCUCGCCGUCCGCUAGCCGCCACCCGCCGUUUCUCCCCUUUCCGUCGCCCACCAUGGUGGAACGCAUCUUGAUGAACGAAUACAAGGCGUUGUCGCAAGAGCCUUGGGUCAAUAUUGAAAUCGAUGAACAGAACAUCCUGAACUGGAACCUGGGCUUGAUCGUCCUCAACCCAGACUCGCUAUACUAUGGCGGCUAUUUUAAGGCCUCCAUGAAAUUCCCAAGCAAUUAUCCCUACUCGCCUCCAGAGUUCCGAUUCCUCCGUCCUCUAUACCACCCAAACAUCUACAAGGAUGGUCGACUGUGCAUCUCCAUCCUGCACGCGCCCGGCGAAGAUGAAAUGUCGGGCGAGCUCGCCUCGGAGCGGUGGUCGCCCGCUCAGCGGGUCGAGUCCGUGCUCAUCUCCAUUCUCUCGUUGCUGGACGACGCCGAGAUCUCCUCGCCCGCCAAUGUCGACGCGUCCGUGAUGCUCCGCAAGAACCCGGAGCACUACAAAUCCACCGUUCGUCAGAACGUGGAGGAUUCCAAGAAGGACAUCCCCGAGGGGUUCGUCAUGCCCACCCACCACACGACGUCAGCGACCCGGGCCAUCGAGAAGGACGACUCCGACUUCUGGGCGGAGAGCGACGUCGACGAUGAUGUGUUCGGUGGCAGUGAUUCGGACGAGGACUUGGAUGUGGACGAUGACCAGGAAACGGGCAGUGAGGAGGAGGAUGAGCAAGCUUGAAUUUCUGCUUGCUUGGUUGCAGUCAAUCCUGCAAGGCAGAGCUUAGGACUCGUAAGCAGUUUUCUGCUGGCAUCCGCCGUCCCUCUGGAUAGGCGCUUGGACACCUUGGUUUUAUCUUUCUUUCAUUGUAUUCCAUACGGCAUAGCGAGGCGCAUUGGAUGGGACGAUAUAGGCGUUGAGCAUAUUUUUGCUUUCUGAUUUUAAGACCAUUUUGCCGAGCAUGGACUGGUGUCUCAUUCCAUGCGAGCAUUUUAUAGAUUCACUUUGUUUUCUAUCGGCAUCAUCUACUUAGCAUCAAUUUCGAACGUGUAUUCCUAC